GCCGCCGGCAGUCCGAGGGCUUCCUGCUGGCGGGUCGGGCGCGGCCAUGGCGGCGGGCGAGCCGCCCCCGGUGGAGGAGCGGCGGCGGCUGCAGCAGGAGCUCAGCGACUUCGUGGAGAGCUGCUGCCGGAAGCUGGAGGAGGUGACGGCGUCCCUGGGCUGGAGCCUGGAUCGGCUGGACCCCGGGGCGGAGGGGGCGGCAGAGGAUGAAGUUGUGAUAUGCCCUUAUGAUUCUAAUCAUCACAUGCCUAAAUCAUCUUUAGCGAAGCACAUGAUGUCCUGUAGGUUGAGGAAACUGGGCUACACCAAAGAAGAAGAGGAUCAAAUGUAUAAUUCUGAUUUUUUCUAUGAGAAUGUGAAGAUACCAUCAAUUACUUUGAAUAAGGACUCACAAUUCCAGAUAAUUAAACAAGCUAGAACAGCAGUUGGAAAAGAUGGUGAUUGUUAUAAUCAAAGGAUUUAUUCUUCAUUACCUGUUGAAGUUCCUCUGAAUCACAAACGGUGCGUUUGUGAUCUAACCCAAGCUGAUCGUCUUGCCCUCUAUGAUUUUGUAAUGGAGGAGACGAAGAAAAAGCGCUCUGAUUCACAAAUUAUUGAAAAUGACAGUGAUCUCUUUGUAGACUUGGCUGCCAAAGUCAAUCAAGAUAAUAGUAGAAAAAGUCCAAAAUCUUACCUUGAAAUCUUGGCAGAAGUGAGAGAUUAUAAAAGAAGACGCCAGUCCUAUAGAGCUAAGAAUGUUCACAUAACCAAGAAAUCCUAUACCGAGGUGAUUCGGGAUGUCAUAAAUGUGCACAUGGAAGAACUCAGCAGUCAUUGGCAAGAAGAGCAGGAGAGAGCAGAGGAUGGUGCUGAAAAGAAUGAAGAAAGGCGAUCAGCUUCGGUAGAUUCACGGCAGUCUGGUGGAAGUUAUUUGGAUACUGAAUAUUCACGACAUAGAAAGGAUCGGAGUAGGAGCCCACAUAAGCGAAAAAGAAAUAAAGAUAAGGAUAAAAACUGGGACUCGAGAAGAAGGAAAGAGAGGGAUGGGGACAGACAUCAUAGUCAUAAAAGAAGAAAGCAAAAAAUAUAAAUGAGGUAUUUGUGCAUGUAUUAAAUAUGCUUAUGCCAUGAUAACCAGUAUGCCAAUAUUUUAAUUACAGUUGCUUUGAGUAGGAGACUGUUUAUAUGACUCACUUAGUGGUCAGAACAUUAAUUUUCAGUAAGUACUUAUGUCUCAAACCAUGAGUACACUAUUAUGCCUUAUAGCUUUGUUUGACUUACAUUUUAAUAGAUGAUUGCUUCCUAUUACUAAUUUUGUUUCAUUCUUUGUGAUAACUUAUGUAUCAGAAAAAUUCUUAAAGUCAAUACUUAAACUGUAUACAUAAUACAUGAAUACAUCCUCAUGUUAAAAAAUGAAACUUUAUAGCUAAGAUUAUCAUUCCCUUGGAAAACCACCUAUAAUUCCUGUGGCCACCUCAGUAACUGCUGUUUACUACUACACUGGUGAAAUGUUAUAGGGAAAAAUGUAAAUAACUGUCAGGAGGGGAAUGGCCUGGUUAAAUAAAAUAUAGUAUAAUUGUGAUAGAUUACUAUGUUGGAUUUAAAAGAAAUGAACUUUAUUUAUAUUAACAUUAGAUGGAUCUCAGAAACAAUACUAAGUGAAAAUUGUAAAGUGCAGAAAGAUAUAUACAAGUUAUAUUUAUGUACAAAAUAAUAUACAUUUUCUGUGACCAUAUAUGUAUGUAAAUAUGUUUUUAAAGGGUCAUGAAGGACCCAUACCAAACUCAUAACAGUAAUUAUUUGGGGGAGGAGUAUAGAUGGGAGAGGUGGGAAGUGGUGAAGGUCAAAGUGAUGGUCAAAGAAAACUUUAGCUUUAUCCUUAACAUUUAAUUUUUUAAAAUAAGGUAUUCAUGUUUUCACUUGUUAAUUAAAAAUAGAUUUUAAUUAAAAAUAUUGUCAUUUUCUUUUAUGUAAAUCAUCUUUAUUGAGGUACUGUUUAUAUUUAAUAAAAUGCACCCAUUUUAAAUGUAUGUUUCAUUGAGUUUUGACAAAUUUACACCCCUGCCAGUGAAGUCAUCACCUUGAUCGAGAUAGAGAACAUUUCCAACACCACCCAAAAUCCCCAUGUAUUCCUUUUACUCUUCAAUUUCUCUACCGUCCCUCUAGGCAACCACAGAUUUGGUUUUUGUUGCUGUUGAUUAGAUGUAUCUUUUUUAGAAUUCAUAUAAACAAUACUAUAAUAUGUACCUUCCUCCACUCCACAUAUUUUUGAGAUUAAUCAUGUUGUAUAUGUCAGUCAUCUCUUCCUUUGUGUUUGUACUAUGUUCUGUUGUCUGAUGGUCACUCAGGUGAAACUUUGGCAUUAAAUGUUAAUCAUCUCCUGUCUAA